AGUCGCGCAGCUGUGUGCAAAGUGAGCAGUCGUGUGGUCAUCGACGUUGGGUUUUUCCAGUUCGGUAGUGCGUCUCGUAGACUGGUUAUUGAAAACAACAUGGCGAAGCCGGGCCUAGGCACCGAGGUGGUGUUAAUGGAUGAAGGGGCAAUGGCGGCCCAGAUGGGCCGGGAAACGCCUCACAUAACCAGCUUGAACGUCACCAAAUCAUCCCGAGUGCAUGUUGGGCCUAAAUUCGUAUCCGUGAACCAAACCAUACAAAACAAGGAAAUGAUCAAAGGCCGCUUUUUGGGCCUUGAGCUGAUGUCAGGAGAGUCCACGCGAAAGCUGCGUUGUAGCGUGGCGGUUUUCCUGUGUUGGGCCUUCCUUGUCUCCUCAGGCCUCGCAAUCUACCUCGUGUAUGUAGCCUUGUGGCAUCAAGUACGACUAGACAUAGAUCUACCUUUUCACAAAUAUGUUUGGAGUAUAAUUAGAAAUACUACAAAGGCUGAGCGUCUGUCCUGCCUAGCGGCUACUACAGCAUUGAUAGUAGUCAUCUUGCUCAUUAUUUACUACACCCUGUUUAUGAGGAAAACGGACCAAGACCAAGGCGUUAACUAUGCUCCGCAUGAGUGGAACAUAACCCGAGAAAUGUGGUUGGCCGACGACUUUCACCACAACUCCACGACUGACACGUAUGAUCCUCUCAAAUUGGUCAUCAUCCAACACACGGUCGGCGCUGAGUGUCACACUUUUAGCGACUGCUCAGCCUAUGUCAGAAGAUUGCAGGAAUACUUCCUGAAAGACCUUAAAUACGAUAUACCCUAUAACUUUUUAAUUGGAAACGACGGACGAGUGUACGAAGGUCGGGGCUGGAACCGGGAAGGUGCCCAUACUUAUACAUUUAAUAGGUGUUCCCUUGGUAUUGGUUUCAUUGGUGACUAUCGAAAUACAAACGUCACUACAAGUCAAGUGGAGAGGCUCAACCUGUUGCUCGCAGAAGGUGUGUCUAGGGGUCACUUGGACCCUAACUAUUACAUAGUUCCUGCAAAAGACCUACAGAGCACGGAAAGCCCCGGGACGAAUUUAUACAAUCUAAUCAAGCAGUGGCACACAUACGACCACAAACUACAGUUCAGAGGCAGAUCGUGUGACCAGAUCUAUGGAAGAGAAUGAAACUAAGGCUACUUAAAAAAGCUUUGCAUCACAAACUUGUUAUAAUUUACCUUAUUUUUACUAAUUUUUAAGUAAGAUUUUUAUGUAGAAGUAAGUAAAUGUUAUUUUUGAGAUAAAUAUCGACAGCACAUCAAGCUAAAGUUGUAAUGAAUGCUAUUUUUUAACUAAUAAGUAUGUAAUUAGCCUGAUGGGCUGUUGCUGAACAUUAAUCUAAAUAUGGAUGUGGAUUUUCGUAAAAUAAGUGUCUGUAAUAAGUUAUGACUACUUACUAAUACAAGCAUCACAAUCCUAUUUGAGAGGAUAACUUCAGGACUAAAAGAAGCAUAGUGAACUCUUUAUAGUUUCUAACACAGACAUUAAAUUUUAAGUUAAUAACUAUGUACCUUUGAUAAAAUCUUGAAAUAAGUAGGUACCUAAACUUAGAAAUCUGGUCAGGGUACCAACUUCUUAACUAAGAAUAACUAUUCAGGGUUAACUGUUAAGGUGGGUUUGACGUAUACCAUCCCAUUUGCAUUUCGUCACGAAUUCAAAAAUCCACAUUAAGUACCUACCUAUGUUAGUACUAAGUGGACGGGCGCGUUCCAUGACGUGGUUCUACACGACAAACUAAAUUGUAUGGACGUACUUAUAGGAGCUUUGCUACGAAUAUAGAACCAGCACGCUUUAUGCUACGUAGCAAUGUGAACUUAAAUUAUUUAUGUUUUUUGUUUAUGUACUUUUAGUUCAUGGUUUUAUCAGGGGUGUAAUUUAGUGCAAAGUACCUAUACCUACCUACGUAUAGUUUAUCUUAGAUGCAAAGCUAAUAUGUAAUUAUUAAGUAAUGUUUCAUUUACAUGAUAUGGUUGUGCAGGGUUCAAUGAUCAAAAAUUGAAAGCAUUUAAGUGUCAUAAUUACCUAUAUCAUUUAGGAUAAGUAAGCUGCGCGGUUUGUAAGUUAGACAAAACUACCAAUGAAAUUAAAACAUUACAGCAGUCAAUGUUGUUAAUGUUUCAUUCUUAGCUGUUAAGCAAUAAGAUUUCCAAGCUACUCUAGAAAUACAAGACUGAAGUAGGUAGGUACUUACCUCUUUUACUGUCUUUUCCUGAAGCCGUGGAAGUGACGUAGUUUUAAUUUUUAUUUUAGUUCUAUUACCCGAUACCGGCUAUAUGGAAUAGCUGCAAGUUACCUACUUUAGUAAUUAGGUACUCCGCCAGUCCGCAAUCGUGUAAUUCGUUCACAUUAAAUAGAUUUAAAUACUGGAUUACUUGUAUUGUGUACCUAUUUACCAUUGAUAUGGCUAUUUGACAAAUUAGGUUUAUGUUAGGUAGGUACCUAGGUUAAGCCGUUGAGUUGCCGGGUUAAUGAAAUAAAGCCUUAUCAACAAUAAAACUCGUUUUCCAAUGUC